AACAUCAAGCCGUCGCGCGUCCUCGCCGACUCAACCGCUUCCUGGCGCCGACGACGCGGUGAUCCCAUCCGCCAUGGUGCCAUGUCGUUCAUUUCACCGCUGUUCAUGAGUCGAUAAGUCAUUCAUUAGUUAGCCCGCUGGUUCAUCGACUCGCAUUCCUCGGCAGGAACCAUCGACUACAGUUCGCGACGAUCCAUUCCUUUCGUUUGCCGCAACCAUGCGCACCCUCAUUCACUUCUUCUUUAGCUCGCUCGCCGCAAAUGCGGUGCGGGCAGCCAGCAGGACCGUAUGGGCGACUCCUCACGAGAGCUACUCGUCUUCUGUCGGCGUGCUAGGCUGCAAAAUCGACACCAACCGCGUCGCGUAUUGGCCGACCUCGGUCGAUUGCAACAACAUCUGCGUGUCGCUCAGUUAUAGCGGCAGGACCGUCCACCUUCUACGCAUCGACCAGUCUCAGGGCGCCUACGAUGUGAGCUACGAUGCAUGGAACUACCUCGUCACGGGCUACCCGGCGACGGAGAGGCCCACCACCGGCGGCGCCAUCGCGAUGGAUUACGAGGACGCCGAUCCGUCCGCCUGCGCCGAUCUGCUCCACACCGACGGCAGCAAGCUGCCGCUGAGCGCCGCCAACAGCAUGAACUUCCUCGCCAACUGCCUCUCCCACGACACCUGGGUCGGCAAGAACUACGUCCUCUACAACAUCCUCGACCCGAUCUGCUCGUGGGGCCAUGACGAGGUCUGCUCCCUCGACUGGCCGACCACGAACCAGCCCACCUGCCCGACCCAGCUGGGCACGCCGUCCGUCCUGACGUCUGACCCCGUCUACAACAUCCAGUACAAGACCGGGAAUAAGGUGCUGGCGUCCAGCGGUCAGGUGGUGGCGAACGCGAGUCAAACGAGUGAACAGUCUGGGGGUCGUGCGGGGAGGGUCAACACAGUCCUGGUGACGGCGAUGGGCAUGCUCACUUAUUGGCUUCUAUACGGGAUAUGAGCCUGACUAGGGGUGGUUGGUUGGGCUCUUUUUGGGAUGAUGCUUGCCAGUUUUGGAUACCCUUUACGCACGAAUACACGAUUUUAUGAG